UCAUCACCUGAGCCGAAGGCAGUUGCUUAACCGACUGAGCCACCCAGGCGCCCGCAAAGAUGAUUAAGAACACUUUCUCAUUCUGUACUUUCUUCCCAAGGCCGGGCAGUCUUGUGAGGUUGAGACUCUUACUCCACUCAUCCAUCGUUGUAACAAGCUCAUCCUCGUAGGAGAUCCUAAACAGCUCCCUCCCACGGUCAUUUCUAUGAAAGCACAGGAAUAUGGCUAUGACCAGUCAAUGAUGGCGCGCUUCUACAAGCUGCUGGAAGACAAUGUGGAGCACAAUAUGAUCGGCAGGCUGCCUAUUUUACAGCUUACUGUUCAGUACAGGAUGCACCCAGACAUAUGUCUCUUCCCCUCUAAUUAUGUUUAUAACAGAAGCUUGAAAACAAAUAGACAGACUGAAACCAAUCGGUGUUCAUCAGACUGGCCAUUUCAACCUUACCUGGUGUUUGAUGUCGGAGACGGUUCAGAAAGACGGGAUAAUGACUCAUAUGUAAAUGUUCAAGAAAUAAAACUGGUAAUGGAAAUAAUUAAACUUAUUAAAGACAAAAGAAGGGAUGUUACUUUCCGGAACAUUGGCAUAAUAACCCAUUACAAGGCUCAGAAGACGAUGAUUCAGAAGGAUUUGGACAAAGAAUUUGAUAGAAAAGGGCCAGCAGAAGUAGAUACCGUGGAUGGGUUCCAGGGCCGGCAGAAGGAUUGCGUUAUUGUUACGUGCGUCAGAGCAAAUACCAUGCAGGGUUCAAUUGGAUUUCUGGCAAGUUUGCAGAGACUGAACGUCACCAUCACACGAGCCAAGUACAGCCUCUUCAUCCUCGGACAUUUAAGGACCCUCAUGGUAGGUGCAUUCUCAGGACCAGAGUGCUCCAAAGGUUGCCCAUUGUGACUGAUACUCGGUUGAGGUUUUGUUUUUAUUUUCCAUCAAAAUGGAAUUGAUUGCAGGGUUACAAAAUAAUGAGCUUCUUCCCCCUGGUUGUCCUGUCCUUCAGCAACUUCUGUCUGGGAACUUUUAUAGAUGUAAACUGCUAACCCUUUCGCAGUCCAAGGCCCAAGUAUCCACAGUAUCCAUAAUGAAAAAAAAAUUAUGUCUCCAUCAUAGGACUGUUGAGAUCUAUAAAUCCAUCCAUACAUCUAAGGUGCUAGAACAGUUGUUGGCACUUAGCACGCACUCAGCUACUGUGGCUGUUAUUGGCCCAGCUUAACGCCGGCUCGAGGGAGUUUGCAAGAGGAAGCUUGGAUCUUCUUUUCUGUUUUGGCAUGGGGAGCGUACUGCUCACCCUGUGUCACUUGGGUGGGGGAGGCCGUGUCAGAGCUCCUCUAGGAGACGGGGCGGGUUUACAUCCGUGGUAGGCAGAGUGUGGCCUCCGUCGGUGACGUCGGUGAUGUCAGCUGGCUAACACAGGUGUUUGCUGCUUGCCCCUUCAGGGGGUCACAACUUCGAACGUUCUUCUCAUUUUUGUGUUUCCCAAAGUCAGUGGUUAUGUUAGGAGAGGAGCUAACUCAUUAGAUUUUUUUCAGUAUUUUUCCCAUUUUCUGGUUAGUACCACCAGAGGGCAUUCAAAUACAGUCUUUCCCAUUCAGUUCUUCCCUACAUCUGUGGUCUUCAACUUCUGUUAUUUGUGUGCCCCCUUGAAGGAAUUUUUAAAAGCUGCAUACCACCUGUUUUUAAGUUGAUAUUGAAAAUUUGUUAUGGU